ACUCCUUCUUCUUGGUGUUUGUUGCUUUGUAGCAUCAGGUGAACAUCUGGGACCAUGAUUUCACCACGAUGGAUGAUCCUCGUCUGCUUUUCCCUAAACUCAGCUGAGAAUCAAGAUGAGGGAUGGACACCUUUCAAUGGACACCUUUAUUACUUUUCUGAGACCACUGCAGACUGGCAGACCAGUAGAGACGACUGUUUGUCAAAGGGAGCAGACCUGGUGGUCAUCAAUGAUAAUGAAGAAAACACUUUCGUCGUAGAUUUUCUACGCAAAGCCUGGAUAGGGCUGUACAAAGAAGGAGACACCUGGACAUGGGUAGAUGGAAGCAUCCUAACACCUGGUGACAGCUUUUGGCAUCCAGGACAACCUAACAAUGUUGGUAACCAGGAAGAUCGAGCAGAAAUAGGGAACCAUGACUAUGUCGACACCAUUGACAAUGUCGUCUUUUUUCACAACAAAUGGAAUGAUGCACCGGGGAGCACUAGUAACUACUGGAUCUGUGAAAAGGAAGCUGUUUAGUGGAAACACUGGAAACUUUCUGAUCAUUCAGUAACAUUAGCUUGAUGUUUGCUGAGGUUAAAACCUUGAUGCAGAUCAUCUGCUGUCCUUUCUGCUUCACUUUUAGACAUAUGAAAACAAAUUAAUCAGUGGGUAUAAUGGGGUUGAUUUAGGAAUUUAAUCUUUUACAAUUACUGUAUACUUUUCUGUGGAUCAAUAAAGCAUCGCAAAAUGAA